AUGGUCAACUUUGAGAUCCCACAGCAUUAUACCGACUCUCCGUCAUCACUUAGUGGUACUCCACAUCUGACGAUCAAUCGGGACAUUACUGCUCUCGAUCUCGAUUCCAGCAAUGCAUUUGAGGGACCAGAGAAGCUCUUAGAAGUAUGGUUCAGUCCAUCCGAGAGGGCGGUCCCAGCGUCUGCCUCUCCGCUUGGCUUGAAGGCGGUCUCGCAGGACACAUGGAAGGAGAUGCUUGACUUGGUCAAUUGCAAGGUUCUCUCGGUCGUUGAGAGCCGCAAUGUUGACGCCUACCUGCUCUCCGAAUCCAGCAUGUUCAUUUUCCCGCACAAGCUUGUGCUGAAGACCUGCGGCACCACGACGCUGCUCUACGGCUUGCCGCGCAUGCUUGAGAUUGCAGCUCUUGAGGCUGGCUUUCCACACACCAAGGCUAGCUUGCCGGAUGGCACUGCGACCGCUGCGAGUCCAUACCGGGUCUUCUACAGCCGCAAGAACUUCCUCUUUCCAGACCAGCAGAAGGGACCACACCGCAGCUGGCGUGAUGAGGUACGCUACCUUGACAAGAUGUUCAUGGGAGGGAGCGCCUACAUGAUUGGCAAGAUGAACGGCGAGCAUUGGUACCUGUACAUCACGGGGCCGAGGACUGAGUUGACUCCACCGUCGACUCCUGAGGAAGCCCAGUUUCAGACCCCGACUCAGAAGAUGAUGCUGCCUGAGAAAGGUAUGAACGGCCAUCCUGAUGCUGAGCCGGAGGAUGAGACGCUGGAGAUCCUCAUGACCGACCUCGAGGAAACCAAUGCACGCCAAUUCUACCUGGACGAGGCUAGUGCCAUUGCCUGUGACAAUGCACGGCACGCCCACCUGGUCCGCAAGGAGGCCAUCGAGCAUCUGGGCGUCAUCCCCGAGCACAAUGGGUCGGACCCUAGUAUCUCCGGCAACACGUUAGUGAACGGGAAUGACGAGUCUUUUGACGUCUUCGCUCAGACCUCCAGCGACCAUUCUGGCCACACCACCCCUGACGAGGAGCCGCUCACUUUUGGUGAAGAGCUCAGCACUGAAGGCCACACGCUCGGCACAGUCGUCACUGAGGCCUGCGGUCUGGCAGACGUCUACCCGGUAUCCAAGUACCCAGACGCCCGCAUCGACUCGUACCUCUUCACGCCGUGCGGCUACUCUGCCAACGGCGUCGUUCCAAUGCCAGGAGACGCCGAGAGCACGUCGUACUGGACCGUUCACGUCACGCCAGAACCACACUGCUCCUACGCCAGCUUCGAAAGCAACGUGCCCACUCGCCACACCGGUCGUGACACCGUUGAUGUGGUACAGCUGGUCGUCGGGAUCUUCAAGCCUGGUAGGUUCAGCGUGACAUUGUUUGAGGCGAAGGAAGGAGGGAAUGACAACUCGUACGCUAAGAAGGAUAAGCGCAUGGAUCAUAUCAAGGGAUACCGACGCAUUGAUCGGAUUGUGCAUGAUCUUGAGGGGUACGAGUUGGUAUUCCGAUACUUUGAGAGAGAGGAUUGGAAGGGUGGAUCUCCGAGACUUGGAGAGCGAAGCCCAUGA